AUGCAUUUUAUGAGCGACAACAAAACGUUUCAGCAGAAUGUAGAUGCACUAAAAGUGAGCAUAGUGGACAUGGAUAUAGCCAUGAGAGGCGCAAAGACUAAUUACUUGAAUAUGAUGGAAGAAUUCAGGUCGGAAAAGCAACUACAUGGGAAUAGAGACGUUUUAGACGGUGUUGAAAACGCGCUCGACAAAAUAGUUGGAGUAUGCGAGAGCCACAAAAAUGCGCUGCAAGAAUUGAUGGUUUCCUUUGUGAUGGCAGCUGAGUCACUGGUACCGCAGAUGUUCAACAAUGAGCAGCCUAGGAGUCAGGUAUCUAUCCAGUCUCCCCAGAAGUCGGACACAGCUGCAGAACUAACAGAAUCACUGGCAAAAGACAUCCCUUCGGCCAUAGUACAACAGGAAGAAGUUGACAUGUCCACUCCACCCACUCCAGAGUCUGAUCCAAUACCAACUGCAUCAUCUUAUACGGCCUAUUCUGCCUUAAAAAGUAAGAAAGGCAAAAAAUAUAAAUAUCAAUCUAAACGACCCCUAGGUAUUUAA